UUUCCACUGCAGCAACACAGCAGAGUAGAAGCCAGGCUGUGCAGAGCACAAAAUCCAGCUAAAGCAGAACACCAAAAAGAAGAGCUUCCUCAAGGGAUCCAAAGACUUCUCUUCCCAUUCUCAGAUCUGCACCUGCCACUGGUGAGAAUCUCAAUUCCUGAAGAAGCCCCUGCUGUCACGGUGACUAAGGAUUAAUAAGAAGAACAACCACACAACCUCUGCUGGUAAUCUGCUACCUCGACUCCUCUAUCACAGCUUCCAAGGGAAUUUAAUUUCCACUUAAGAAAAAAUUGGACCCCCACACCAUGGUCAUUAAAGACAGCAGGGAUACUGGGGACACUCAGGUUGGGGUGCUCCUGGAGCCUUUUGUCCACCAAGUUGGGGGGCAUGUAAGCAUGAUGAAAUAUGAUGAACAUACCAUCUGCAAGCCCCUCAUCUCUCAGGAACAGAGAUUCUACGAGUCCUUACCCUUGGCCAUGAAGCAGUUCACACCUCAGUACAAAGGCACCGUCACUGUGCAUUUCCUCAAAGACAGCCGGGGCCAUCUCAGUCUAGUUGCCAGUCCACUGACAGACAACCGUGAGCCCUAUGAUGUAUCACCCGAGUCAUCGGUGAUGCUGUGGCAGAAGCUGCAGAAAAGCAAUGGCCACAGCAAUGACCACCAUCUUGUUCAGCUGACGCAGUCUCUUAAGGAGAGCUGUCCAGGUAAAACACUCCUGAGGACCGAACUCCACAUCUCCUUUAUGGAAGAUGCAAAUGGCAACCAGGCAGAGAAGAAGAGCUGCAACCCUUGGAGACUGCACUGCCAUAAAGAACACCUGACCAGGAUGUACUCAGAGUACCAAGAAAACAAAAUGCAUCGGUUUUUGCUGCUUGAAAACGUGGUGUCAAAGUACAAGUAUCCUUGCAUUCUGGACCUGAAGAUGGGCACCAGGCAGCACGGAGAUGAUGCAUCCGAGGAGAAGAAAGCCCGCCACAUAAAGAAGUGUGAACAAAGCACCUCCUCUUCCCUCGGGGUUCGCAUCUGUGGUAUGCAGGUUUAUCAAGCUGAUUCAAACUGCUUUCUCUGCAAAGAUAAAUAUUAUGGAAGGAAACUUUCAAAUGACGGGUUCAAGAAAGCUAUCUAUCAGUUCCUGCACAAUGGCUCACACCUUCGAACAGACCUCCUGGAACCCAUUCUCUUCCAACUCAAGGCUCUCCUCUCUGUCAUUAAGAACCAGAGUUCCUAUCGCUUCUACUCCAGUUCUCUCCUUAUCAUCUAUGAUGGACAAAUGCCCCCUGAAAGAAUCCCAGGCAGUCAUCCUCAAGGAUGCUUCCAGAAGACAAGCUGCUCCUCCCCAGAGGGGCUCUCCAAAGUUGAUGUCCGUAUGAUAGACUUUGCACAUACCACUUACAAGGGAUCCCGGUACAACCACCCCAUCUAUGAUGGACCAGAUCAUGGCUAUAUUUUUGGCCUAGAAAAUCUCAUCCAGAUCCUUCAGGAUAUCUCAGAGGUUGAAUGACACUUGAUGAGACAACAAGGAUUUUGCUGGGGUACAGUUCUCACAAGGGACCUACUGUUAGCAAGGGUAGACUAUGCACCCCCACAGCUUUUUAGCUAUCAUUUCUGCUUAUAAGAGCUGUUUGGAAGAAGAGCCCAAGAAGCUUCCUAUAUAAGGCAGGAGACUUUUAUGGGAGAUACUGCUAAAGAAGCCAGCUGCAUGGAAAACCCAUGUUUAAUUAAUUCCACAUACUCUUGAAUCACAACAUAAGGCUAUUAGCACCAAAGUAGAAUUCAAUUGAGCAGCUAGGUGGUGCAGUGGAUAGAGUGCCAGGCCUGGAGUCAGGAAGACUCCUUACUGAGUUCAAAUUUGGCCUCAGACACAUACUGGCUCUGUGACCCUAGGCAAGUCACUUAACCCCGUUUGCCUCAGUUUUCUCAUCUGUAAAAUGAGCUGGAGAAGAAAAUGGUAAACCAUACCAUUAUCUUUACCAAGAAAACCCCAAAUGGGCUCACAAAGAGUUGGACACGACUAAAAACUACUAAACAAAAAGAAUUCAGUUUGAUGGCUUCAUUUUGGAUGCCAUUCAAAAAUAUUUAGUUAUUGAAGUAACAAAAUAACCACAUUCAUGGGUAAUUUUACCUAUCAAUUGGUCCCACAGCAUGGGCCUCAAAGACAAUGUUAUAUAAAGUACUGGUAUAUUUGCAUCUAAGAAUCUCUUCCAUUUGUCUUACUAUAAAUCUUACAGAAACUGUGAGGCAACUAAAAACACUACUUGAAAAAGUCUUAAAGACAUAAUAUGGAUAACUUCAAUGUCUUUCUGCUUACAUGGGCUACUCACUCUGCAAAAUGCAUGAAGUUCAUUAAGGGGUUUUAUCCUUUUCAAAAGACAUUUUUUGAAGGGACAGAAUCCAAUAGGAUGAAUUUACAGGUCUUAGCUUUUUUUUUCUUUUUCACUCAGGCUCAAAAUGGUGGGCCAACAAUAAGACUAUCAAGAGUAAUGGCAAAACCAACGGACUAAGUUCUCCAUUUCCAUGAAUCAACAGCUAUGUGCCUCACUGGGGCUAACUGUAUAGAAUCAUGAAUAAUCAUUAGAAUGAUUCUGUUACGCAUUGACCAUGUUGAGACUCAUACUAUGACAUGGAGUUUCAGACACAGUAAGAAUUAGUCCAGGAUGAGCCACUUAUGUUCAACUAUAAUUUAUAUAUAUAUAAAGUUUUUAUUUAUUUUGGGAGGGAGUCUGGGAAUAAGGGGCAAGGAGGAACAGGAGACCUAAAGGGGCACUAGGAAGCAAUGUAAAAUGUUUACAAGAUGAGUGGAUAAAUGUAAAUACGGAGCAACCUGCAAAAAAUUCUAAUUAAUUCCUUUCUGUGCAGGGUGAAAACCUAUUACAACACCCUAUUACAGAGAUAUAUAGAACUCAAUUAAGAAAAUAAAUUUGUUAAUAAAAUUGU